GAACGGGAAGAGGAAGCGGGGCUGUUGGGCGCACCGCAAGCCGCAAACGCGUCCUGAUGCCAGCCGCAUGGAGACGCCUCCGGGGGACCCUCGCCGGCACUGCGCGCUCGUGGGGAAGGAGGAGACGCCAGUGGAGGGCGAGACUCUCCUAGUGGCUGAACUGAAGCCCGGGCAGCCCCCGCCAUUCUUUUGGAAAUCCACUUGCGAGACAUGGAGUGUGGCCUUCUCCCCAGAUGGCGCUUGGUUUGCUUGGUCUCAAGGACACUGUAUGGUCAAGCUGCUCCCUUGGCCUUUGGAGGAGUCUGAGCCGAAUUGCACAGCACGGGAGCGCAAGAGCCACUGUGGCAAAGGUGAAGGCAGGGGCCGAGGAGGGACAAAGGAGAAGAUAUUGGAGUGUGGUCAGAUUGUCUGGGGCCUGGCAUUUAGCCCAUGGCUCCCUCCUGGCUCCAGAAGACAUGUCCCCUGCUUGGUUCUUGCUACGGGACUGAACGAUGGACAGAUUAAAGUCUGGCAGGUGGAGACAGGAUGUUUGUUGUUCAGCCUUUUGGGACACCAGGAUGUUGUGAGGGACCUAAGCUUUGCGCCCAGCGAGAGCUGCUCCAUCCUUGUCUCUGCUUCCCGAGAUAAGACCCUGCGUGUCUGGGACCUGGACCGGAAUGGAAAGCAACUGCAGGUGCUAUCCGGCCAUGUGCAGUGGGUUUACUGCUGCUGCAUCUCCCCCGACGGCAACAUGUUGUGUUCAGCAGCUGGAGAGAAGUCGGCCCUCCUGUGGAGUAUGCGCUCCUACAGCCUUCUGAGGAAGCUGGAAGGCCACCAGGGCUGUGUCGUAUCAUGUGAGUUCUCGCCAGACUCUGCUGUCCUUGCAACUGCCUCCUAUGAUGCCACUGUGAUCCUCUGGGACCCCUGUACGGGGGAGCAAUUGAGAUCCCUCUGCCACAUUCCAUUGCAGCCAUCGUUGGACCACAGCAGUGACUAUCCUGCCAGCUCCUUGCGGUCCGUCUGCUUCUCCCCUGAAGGACUUUAUCUUGCAACGGUGGCGGAUGACAGGUUGCUGAGGAUUUGGGCCUUGGAGCUGGGGAGCCCUGUUUCCUUUGCCCCGGUGAAGAAUGGACUUUGUUGCACCUACUUCCCCCAUGGUGGAAUUAUUGCUACAGGGACAAGAGAUGGCUAUGUCCAAUUUUGGACCACCCCGCAAGCCCUGUCCUCCCUCAAGCAUCUGUGUCGUAAAUCCAUCCGCCGCUUCCUUACGACUUACCAGGUUCUGGCGCUGCCCAUCCCCAAAAAGGUGAAAGAAUUCCUCACUUACCGGACAUUGUGAAGCUGCUAUUUCGAGCUGCAGCCUGCUGCUUGUCGACUUCCCUUUGGCCAGCAAGAGGCAGCUGCAGCCCCGAGACUCUAGGCUCGGUGAGACCGAAGAGGACAACGGUUUUAUUUUUCCCUGUGUGGGGUUGAUGGAUGACAAUGCUGGACAAAAGCUGUGGCAGUGCCAGUUACUAUGGGCUACGUUGCCUUUGCACCUGAGGAGAACUAGCUGUCUUGCAGCGUGUUUGACUUGGGACGCUCUCACCCUGUGAGCAGGCCUAAAGUUUGUCUACACGGAUUUGAAAAAAAGAAACCCGCAGACAUUUUGGGACUCUUCUUUGGCUGCAGGUGGGAACGACAGUUGCUGACAGGUGUUAAUCAACAGUGCACAAAGUGCCGUUUCUGUUUUCUUUCCUGUGCACAGUGAAGGCUGGAAAUGAGAUGGAGAGGAUUUUUCCUACUUGAAAACAUUCUGAAUUUUAGUGGCCUUGAUAGCAAUCCAUACCUUGGAGCCAUGGGUGUUGGGGUGAAAACAAGAGCAGCCACUAUCCUGUCCAGAAAUAUUUAUGUGAUCCCAAGAGCUUGACAUAUCAUUCUGAGGCAGCUUUCUCCUUUGGGGUUGCGGAGCGGAGGCUAAAAUACGGGGUUAAGACUUCUGUCACAAUCUAGUUUUGUUUCAACAGGGAACAUUCAGCUAUGAAUUCAAGGUUUACUAAAGGGGAAAGUCUAGCCGUAACCCCCUCCUCUACCCCCAGACUGUGUAAUGAGGCAAAAGCUUUAGCUUCAAUAUGACACCACGGAAUUCCCCUUUCUGUAUGCCCACACAGCUUGUGAAUGAGAAUUAAUGAAGGAAGCUUGAAUUUCUAGCAAUAGUGAUGGGAGUAUUGCUUGCUGAAGUUUAAGAAUCACGGGCAUAACCCGGGUUCAUCUGUUCCGCAGUGCUUUCAAUGUGAUAUGCAACUUUUUUGUGCUGGAGAUGUUAUUUUUACACUACUGGAGCUAGAUCAUGGGACAAAUCAAGGUGCUAAAAACUGAUGCACUUGCAAGGGGGAAAAGGGCGAAUAAAUGGAAAAAAUUA